GGUUUUGGAUUAAGAAAGUCUGGAGGGAGAAGAAACAACCCUUCAUUGAUCAUUUUGAUCUUGUUCCACACAAGAGCAUCUAUGGCGUUCCAAUUGGAGGAGUUGGAUGUGGGACUAUUGGUCGCGGAUAUCAAGGAGAGUUUUGUCGAUUUCAGAUGAUACCUGGAAGAUACAAAUAUAAUGUUGUGGAAGGAGAUCAGUUCAUUGUUAACAUCAGGAAGCGAGGGCAAACAGUUUACCAGCAGGUGCUCUCUCCCUUCCGCCCAAAGGGUCAUGGUUUGAACUCCUGGAACUGGGCCUUCAGCAGAGAACAUGCCACCUACCAUGGCCUGUAUCCAAGAGCUUGGACAGUCUAUGAGUUACCUGGACAAAAUGUUACUCUGACUUGCCGACAGAUAUCACCAGUCAUACCGCAUAAUUACAAGGAUUCCUGCUUGCCAGUUGCAGUUUUUGUCUGGGACAUCGUCAACAAGAAUGAUGAGCCAGUCGAAGUCAGCAUCGUGUUCUCAUUCCAAAGCGGUCAAGGUGAAAAGGCGGACAAGCAGGGUGGAUUCUGGAAUGAACCGUUCAGGACGACGCGGGAGAAGACGAACGUUGCUGGUGUGAUGAUUCAUCAGAAGUUCGCUGGGAUGGAUUGUGCGUAUGCAGUAUCAGGAAAGGAAAGGGAAGGUGUUGAUGUGAGUUAUCGAGUUGCAUUUAACCCUAAGACGCCAGCGCGGGAAGUUUGGUCGGAUCUAAUGCAUGAUGGCCAGCUUGAUUCUUCAUCAGAGUCGAGCAAGCCAACAAAAAAAGGAGAAGAGAUAGCCACUGCUGUCUGUGCCCAUUGUAAAGUGGAAGCUCGCUCUUCAAACUAUGUGGAACUAUGUCUCAGUUGGGAUAUGCCAAUAAUAAACUUUAGAGCCAAGGAAGCUCUGUACAGAAAACGCUACACCCGCUGGUUCGGUGACAAUGGUGACGCUUCGCCAAAACUUGCCAGUUAUGCGCUCAGUAACUAUCACCAUUGGGAAAAGGACAUUGACGAUUGGCAAAGACCUAUACUUGACAAUAAGAAUCUCCCUGCCUGGUACAAGUCUGCCCUGUUCAAUGAGCUUUACUUUGUGAGUGAUGGUGGUACUGUGUGGCUGGAUGCCAUGGAUGGAGAGACGCUGCCCGGUCAGGAGAAGCUUCCUGAAGAAAUGAAAGAAUUGGGAAAAUUUGCUUACCUAGAAGGUCACGAGUACAGGAUGUACAACACGUACGAUGUUCAUCACUACGCAUCAUUUGCUCUCAUCAUGCUGUGGCCAAAGCUUCAGUUGUCAAUCCAGUACGAUAUCGCCAAUAUCAUCAAAUCAGAGGACCAUUCCCGAAUAAAGUUCUUGAUGCCAAAUAAGCAUGGGGUCCUCAAAGCAAUGGAUACUGUUCCACAUGAUGUUGGUGAUCCAGAGGACGAGCCUUGGAGUAGAGUGAAUGCCUACUGUAUACAUCCCACACACGACUGGAAAGAUCUGAAUCCCAAGUUUGUUCUGCAAGUCUUCAGGGAUUACGUCUUCACAAAAGAUAAGAACUAUCUCAAAGACAUGUACCCUGUGGCAAAGGCUGUAAUGGAAUAUUCGAUGCACUGGGAUACGGAUGGAGAUGGUAUAAUUGACAAUGGCGGCUUUGCUGACCAGACCUACGAUGCAUGGGUUGUCACUGGUGCUAGUGCAUACUGUGGUGGUAUGUGGCUGGGUGCUCUCAAGUGUAUGCAAGAGAUGUCAACCAUACUGGGCAAAGAUGACGAUACUGAGAGCUACACCAGAAAGCUUGAGAAGGGGAAGGCUUCUUUUGAAGAAAAGCUGUGGAAUGGCUCCUACUAUAACUACGACAGCAGUGCAUCCAGUUAUUACGACAGUGUAAUGUCUGACCAGCUCUGUGGACACUGGUUUCUCAAGUCAUCCUUUGUGCCUGACAAUUCAGUGUUUCCAAAGGACAAUAUUCGGAAGACGUUGAAGACGAUCUUUGAUGUGUGUGUGAUGCCGUUUAGGAAUGGAACCGUUGGAGCGAUCAAUGGAAUGAGACCCAACAAGAAGAAAGACCUGACCAGUGUGCAGUCGGAUGAAUUCUGGACCGGUGUGACGUACGGACUUGGGGCAACAAUGAUAAUGGAGGGAAUGGUGGAGGAAGGCCUGAAGACAGCCUAUGGUGCGUACCACACCAUCUAUGAGAAUUACGGCUUGCAAUUCCAGUCACCAGAGGCCUACAAUGAAAAGAAGGUCUACCGGUCGCUAGGGUACAUGAGGCCUCUAGCUAUUUGGUCAAUUCAGCACGCAUUGGAAAAAUUCCAACCACAGCUGUUUGAGGAGUAAUUUGUUCUGGAUAAGAUGAACGUAGAUUCAUCUAUUGGGUGUCCUUGUCCCAGUUGAAAAUUGGGACGCAAUGGGUUGACCCGAGGCUGAGUGAAUGGGUUUUGUCAAGGUGAUGCAAAAUACCUCAUGAGAAAAGAUCUUUUGUAUCGACCAUAAUAAUGUACCAUUGAAGGCUUGUUAAAAUGUAGGUAGUAGAUUGAUAGGAAAUGCUAGGGAAGUUUAAAGGGUCCACCACUUGAUUAUAUAUUUAUGCAGUGUUAUUGCCCAAAUCGGUUUUUGAUUGAGGCAGGUUAUUUGAAGGAUCACUAUAGCUUAUAUUCUCUCUCGUAUCAAUCAUGUAUUAGUGAGUUGAGGGGAUUUAUCGUAAAAUUCCAUAUCUGUUCACUGUUUGUUAUUGCCUAAAUAGGUUUUUGGUUGGUGCAGAUUAUCUGAAGAGUCACUAUGACUUUUUAAGUAUUUGCUCUUGUAAAUUGUGUAUUACAGAGGUUGCACACCAUUACACAUGUACAACUCUCACUGUGACUUCUGACUUUGAGGCUGAUUUACAGUUGUCGGUAUAAUCUACCAUUUAACUUGACUGAUGAACGCAUUCAUAUUACUAUUAUUGAAAUCCAAAACGGACAUGUGUUUGAUAUGGAUAUAAUGAAGUCCAGUCAGAGGUUUAUCUCCAUGACUUUGAAUACGACUUCAUCAUUUUCUCCUUAUGCACAGGUCCAAGUUGGAAUUUGAAAACUUCUGGUUCAAGUACAUGAAAUGUUUCUAGUCAGUUCAGCGAAAUCAUAGUUGAUACCAAAAAAAUUGAUUUUUUUCUCAAAGUUGAAGUCGGUAAAUGAUGUGCAACCUGGCUAUUACAAAUGUAGAAAUAGUAGCCUCUGACUAGUCUUUUUUCAUUCAUAUCUAUUAUCCAAGACCAACAUUGGUAGCGGGCUGCUGUGUUGGGAUGAUGCAUGCAGGACAUAGAUCACAAAGGACAAGAGGACAUAAUCAUGUACUGGGUGGUUGAAAAGGUUACAGGGUAGACUUGCUUUUUUAAACAAAUCUUUGCUUGAUAAAGAAUUGGUGAGGAUACAUAACUUUUCAUAAGGCUUCUACAUUAUAUUGUUUUAAAAUUCUUCUUGAAAGUUAUGUCAUAAACCAGGGAUCUUUCCUCAUAGAGAUUUAAAGAUGCACUGUGUCAGAGGAGAAUUGUCACUUGUUAAUUUAUUUGGCAUUUUAAAAGGGAGAUAAUGGGUGAUAUGAAUAAAGACUAGUGAAUGAUUUUACUUCAGUUUUGUACAGAAAGGCCUAGUGUAAAUGUACAUGGGGUUUUCAGUAAAAGCAAUUGCUAGUCUUUAUUCAUAUCACCCAUUAAAUAGGCAGGAGCCAGGUGGGCCAGGUUACGGAUAGGUUUCUGUUGUCCCACAGUAUUCACCAUUGUACGAGGAAUAUAUUUAUCACUAGGCAGACAUGCAUAUUAAACCAGACCCAGGUGCCUAUAUCAUAGGCGGUAAACUGGCCCAGGUACAAAACUGGCCAGUGAAAAGUGCUGCCGGUAUAUAUUUGCAUCUUGGCAUAACGAGUGCUUUUUGAUGUACUCCAUCUGUCGAUAUUUCAAACUUUUUAUAUGACAUAGAAGUAAAAAAACACCUGAUCUCAGGAAGAGAUAUUUGAUGACAUCAGGACAAUUUGUAUACAUGUACAUGCUGCGUGGGGCCAUUGGCAGCUAGUCCACUUGGUGUACGUGAAGCAGAUGGUGCCAAACUGGUCUCCUGUUGACAUUUCUCUUAAAAACAUAAUGAAGCUUAGGUUAUGAUGUAUAGCUGCCCUCAUACCAAAUUUUGUGUCAAAAUAUUUUGCAAGCACGAGGUCGGCGAGAAAAGCUUCUUCUUUCAUCAGUUGUGCACAUUAAUAUUGUUGCAUCACGCCAUCCUCUGUUCAGUUGGCGACCAGUAAUGUGUUUGUGGCGUUUGAAUGUCAUCAUCAUUUUGUAAACAAAGAAAUUUAUCUAUAAAAGCCACCGUUUCUUUUUUCUCUACAUGUAUAUCAUCAAUAAUUGGUUCUCUGGAUGGUUCUGGUAUUGCAGUUGAGUUAUAAACUCUUCGAAUAUCCCACUCUAGUCUCGCGAGAUCCAUACCAAGCUAGAAACUAGGGUCGUUUGCUGGCUGUGUUGAGUUGAUUGUGAAUAUCCUCGUAACUUGUACAAUGCGAAGGUUGUGAAGAUAUAAUUCUGUGAUGUUUGCUAAUAUUUUGAGCGUGUCUGCCAGUUUUGUAAUGAAUCUUUUAUUUGUACCACGUAAGAAUUUUGUUAUAAUGGUUUUAAACUUUUAUAGAAAAUUUUCAGUGGCAUUCAUACACCUGAAGGCAAGGUAUGUUUUCUGAUCAUAUUUUCUCAGGUUGGGCGGUUCCCAUGGUUACUGGUAAAGCUUUGAUAUAUCAUUCUAAUGUAUCAAUUAGAAGGUACAUGUAUAUAUAUUAUGAGACUGGUUUAUUUUUUAUGGUAAUGACGGUAAUUUUUUAGUAAUGAGGGUAUGACUUGUACCUGGUAAUUAUGGUAAUUUAUGAACGCAUUUGUAUGUAUGCAUUUGUAUGUACUAGUCCACUGUACCCGUGGCCGCCAACAAUCAAUACAUUUAAUACAAACCUUCUUUUCACAAGCUGUGUGUGAACGCGCAAAAGCUUUUGACUGAAGUGACAGGGCUCGAGACGUCGAAUUGUGACGUCAUGACGUCAGCAGACCCAUCCUGACGUCGGAGCCGUGACGCGUUCAGGCUGUGUCGGGAGUGACGUCGCCCGAGACGCGCAUGACACGAAGGUAAAAUCGUCGCGCGGGCAAGCUGAAUAACGUUAGAUAAAACCAAUAAACGGCGUUAUAUCGGAUGUUAGUUGGAAAUUCAAAAAUCGAGCUUCGUAAGGACAUUUUCGGGACCCGUUAAUGCUACAUGCAAAAUCUGGGGUCGCUCAGCCAUUCGGUCUGGGAGAUAUGAGCGCACAAACUUUUCUCGAAUUUAGUAAGGAUGCAUUUGUUUUACUCACCUAUGACCUGGCUAAAAUCAAAACAAGGACCUGCUGGAACAUUAGGGUCAUGACCACUGGACAACUUAUCUAUCCAAGUUGAACAUGCUGAAUGGUAGUGAUGAGGGUAUGACUUGUUCCUGGUAAUUAUGGUUAUUUAUGUAUGCAUUUGUGUGUAUGCAUUUGUUUCACCCACCUAUGACCUGGCUGAAAUCAAAACAAAGACCUGCUGGAACAUGAGGGUCAUUACCACUGGACAACUUGGUGCCACCAACCCUUAUCUAUCCAAGCUAAACAUGCUGAAUGGUAUCCAGCGACCAUGUGCAUAAUAUCUAGAAUUUACUAUUCAGUGUUGGUCUUAGAUCGUUGAAACUAGAGUAUCUGUGCUACCCCCUGAUGUGAAGUAUGAGAGGUAGGCCAUACUAGAAAACUCUGAAAAAGAUAUGUGAAUGUGAAUGUGAAUGCUUGCCACUGGGAAUAAUUUAUCUGAAGUGAAAUAUGUGUUUGUAAGUCAUGUUUUAAACAUUUUAAGAGUGGUGUUACUGAAAAAAAGUUUUUCUUUUGUAAGAAGAGUAAUUGUAUAAUUUAUUCACUUUCAUGCUUUGGUAUUGCUUUUCAUAUACACGCAAUAA